GAAGAAAUGACCUAACUUCCUGUAUCCUAAUUAACAUGCUAUAAAUUUUUCUAAAGUAGUGCCGAUUACAUGAAAUAACAAGCAAAUUCAAGACAUAUAGCGGAUAAGAUAACAGAAAUAUAAGUCGAGUGAUAGGUCGAUGAAAUUCUAACACCAAGCACACAGCAAACCAACGUCGAUAAACUGUGUAACAAUUUAUAGGCCAAAUUUGGUAAUAUGGCGGGGGUGUUGUUCGAAGAUAUUUUUGACGUGAAGGAUAUUGAUCCCGAAGGGAAAAAGUUUGAUCGGGUAUCCAGGCUGUUUUGUGAGUCAGAAUCCUUCAAGAUGGACCUGAUACUCGAUGUCAACACACAAAUAUACCCAGUAGACUUGGGAGACAAAUUUCGUAUGGUUCUUGCCAAGACGCUGAGGGAAGAUGGGACCCCAGAUGAUGGUGAAUAUAACCCCACGGAUACCGGUCCCUCACGCGCUGACAGCUUCGAGUACGUCAUGCACGGAAAAGUGUACCGCAUCGAAGGAGACGACACAGGUCCAGAUUCUAGCCGACUGGCGGCGUACGUGUCGUACGGUGGCCUCCUGAUGAGACUACAAGGGGAUGCCAACAAUCUGCACGGAUUCGAAGUGGAUUCCUUCGUUUAUCUUCUCAUAAAGAAACUAGCUUUCUGAUUGUUUGAAAUUUUUUUUAAAAAUCCAACGUUACAAUUUCUCUGAUCUCGGGUUCCCCUAUUUGCGGGCAAUCUUAUUCAAAUGUCAGGGGCCAUAAGCAAGAGAUGAUUAAGAAAUGGUACAAUAAGUGACCAUGAGGUGUGACUCAUUGAUACCAACCAUUUGUGUUCAGUCUUCUACAUCUUGUACAUGUAUGAUAGACAAUUGCAGUGGGUAUAUUUCUGAGUAAUUUCCCACUGUCAUAUUUUUUAUAUAAUUGUUGAAUGUGAACUUUUAUGUGCCGGUAUUUUGUUACUGAAUGACAAAUAUCAAUAAAGCAACAAAACUAUU